UCCAGCCCUGGCCCCCGCGCUCUGAGUGGGUGCUGAGCCUCUCCUUCCCCACACGCAUCCACGCAGGCAGCCCGACCGAAAAUGGGGAAGGCAGCCAAGUGGAAGCGAAAGGUCUCAGCGCCCUCCACAGCCAAGGGCCCGGUGAAAUCAGCUAUGGCCAUGGUCAAGAGCAACCCCUUUGAGGUGAAGGUCAACAGGCAGAAGUUUAACAUCUUGGGGAGGAAGACUAAGAAUGAUGUGGGGCUACCUGGUGUCUCACGGUCCAAGGCCAUCAAGAAGCGUACCCAAACAUUAUUGAAAGAAUAUAAAGAAAGGGAAAAGACAAAUGUGUUUAAAGAUAAACGUUUUGGUGAAUAUAACACCAAAAUAAGUCCAGAGGAAAAGAUGAUCCGACGAUUCACUUUGGAAAGACAGCAAAAUUUUGGAAAGAAGAAUAUCUAUAAUCUUAAUGAAGAUGAAGAAUUGACUCAUUAUGGCCAAUCUUUGGCAGAAAUUGAAAAACUAAAUGAUAUUAUCGAUAGUGACAGUGACACUGAAGAAAGAGGAACGCUGUCAGCUGAAUUAACUGCUGCUCACUUUGGAGGGGGUGGAGGCCUCCUUCGUAAAAAAGCAUCAAGUGGGCAGCAAGAUGAAGAGAAAGAAAAACCUAAAUCUAGGAAGGAACUCAUAGAAGAGAUGAUAGCCAAAUCUAAACAAGAAAAGCAAGAGAGGCAAACUCGGAGAGAAAGUGCAUUAGAACUCACAGAAAAGCUUGACAGUGACUGGAAGGAAAUCCAAACCCUUAUUGCCUGCAAAACCCCAAAAUCAGAAAGAAAGGAUAAAGAAGUAGAAAAACCCAAGCCUGAUGAAUAUGAUAUGAUUGUUCGAGAACUUGGAUUCGAGAUGAAAGCAAAACCUUCAGAAAGGAUGAAGACAGAAGAAGAAUUGGCAAAAGAGGAGCAGGCGCGACUCCAGAAGCUGGAGGCAGAUCGACUACGUCGAAUGCGUGGAAUAGAUGAACAGGCGAAUAAAAAGAAACCUACCCACGUGUCAGCUGAUGAUCUAGCUGAUGGCUUUAUCCUGGAUAAAGAUGACAGACGUUUAUUGUCUUAUAAGGAUGGAAAAAUUAAUAUUGAAAAUGAAGAGGAGGAACAGCAAAAAGGUGAGGAGGAAGAGGAGGAAGAGGAAGGUGGGAAGGAAGAUAAUGAGAAUGAAGAAGAAAGUGAGGAAGAAUCUGCUAAUGAAGAUGAGGAUGAUGCUGCAGAUAGCCACUCUGAUCUUGAAUCUGACCUUGAGAGUGAAGAAGAAGCAGCAGGGAAUAAAGAACAGAAGAAACUCAAGACAAAUGAAAAUGAAUCACAGAAUGUGAAGGAACUAGAUCCCAAAGUGGAAGCUGCCAAAUCGGAGCUUCCAUACACAUUUGCUGUUCCUGAGUCCUAUGAGACAUUUAAGUCUUUAUUGGCUGGAAGAACAAUAGAACAACAGCUUAUUAUACUGGAGAGAAUUCAGAAAUGCAAUCAUCCAAGCCUUGCAGCGGGAAACAAAGCAAAGUUGGAAAAAUUGUUUGGCUUCCUUUUGGAGUAUAUUGGGGAGUUAGCAACUCUGGAUUUACCAGAGCUCAGAACAAUUGACAAAUUGGUCCUGCCAUUGUACAAUCUUUGCCAGAUGUUUCCUGAGGCAGCCAGUGACAGUAUUAAGUUUAUCCUUCGAGACGCUGCACAUGAUAUGGAAGAAGUAAUUGAAGUCAAAGGCCGCGCAACAUUUCCAGGUUUAGACACGCUUAUUUAUUUGAAAAUUACAUCUCUGCUGUUUCCAACUUCUGACUUCUGGCAUCCAGUUGUAACACCUACUUUUAUGUACAUGAGUCAGCUACUUACUAAGUGUCGCAUCACAACAUUGCAAGAUGUUAUUAAAGGCUUAUUCAUAUGCUGUUUGUUCCUGGAAUAUGUAUCUCUUUCCAGAAGAUUUGUACCAGAACUCAUCAGUUUUCUUCUUGGAGUACUUCAUAUAUCUCUACCAAAAAACCAGGCCCAGGGCUAUACUGUAGUGCAUCCAUUUACACCAGUGGGGAAAAAUUUAGAACUGCUUUUGGUGCGUGAAAAGAAGGAUCUGGAAAGUUGGCAGAAGCAAAAUCUGCCAUUGAGUAUUGUGACUAAGUUGAAGGAAACCAGCAGAACAGAAAUGAAUCACAUCAGGCUAUCAUGUCUAGCCCUGUGUUUUGACCUUAUUAAAAAAUGUGCAGCUCUGUAUGAAUCUUUACCAUCAUUCCGUGAAAUAAUGCAUCCUGUCAGAAUACUUCUUACACAACAUGUGCCAGUGAAUGAAUAUCCUGAACAAAUGCAGGAGUGGUAUCAUGCUGCUCUGAAAGAGCUAGAGAACAAAGUAACACGCUAUACCCCACUGAUAUGUGAGAAAAAGAAGCCAGUGCCAUUGAAACAGUACACACCUAAAAUUGUGAAAGUUUUAGAGUUUGGAAGAAAGCAGGCAGGGAGUAAGAAGGAGCAAGAAAGAAAGCAGUUGAUUCAGAAGCAUAAACGUGAACUUAAAGGAGCCAUUCGUGAAAUUCGGAAAGAUAACCAGUUUCUGGCUAGAAUGCGACUUUCAGAAAUCAUGGAGAGAGAUUCAGCCAGAAAAAGAAAAGUGAAGGAGCUUCUUGGUAGCCUUGCUACACAGGAAGGUGAAUGGAAAGCAAUGAAAAGGAAAAAAGGGAAGAAUUAAUUGGGACUAUCUACAGCAGGAAACUUGAUUUUUACUGCCAUAUAAAAUAUCCCAGUCCUAUGGCUUUUGAACAGAUUUUAAUUGCAUUCUUUGGAUGCAUUCCUUUUGAGAAGACAACAUCAUCAGAUCUGCCUGAAAAGGUGAACCCACUUAUUGGAAAAAUCCACAGGUUUUGAUAAGGAAAAUAAAAAUAACACUUUUGUAUGUGGUAUACUUCUGUUUACUUUAAUAAUAGAGAGUAUUUGGAUGAAUAAUCAGAAUUCUUGGUUGUGUGUGACCAGGUUUUAGUCUAACUUGAACUACACACACCCCAGAAAUUGUAUAGCAGAAACCUUUUGUUAUCUUUUUUAAUACUGAAUAAUUGCAGGCAGCUCUCAUAGUGGUAGUAAAUUUGCAAUUUAAGCAGUAACAUUUUAAUUAGUCUGUAGCAUUGGGACAUUCUAAUGCAUGUAUUCAGUGGAGUAAUGGAACUGGCUUUCAAACACAAGUCCUUUGUUAAAGCUGUACGUCCAUUUAUCUCUUCAGUAAGUUUUGAAUUGAGCACAGCUCUGAAAUUCUUUAAAUCUAGGCUGGUUAACUAGAAUUCCUCAGGGUAUUUGUAACUGUCUGACUUAAGUGGACAGCAAAAUCCUUAACUCUCUUCCACGUAUUUUAUAAUGUAUGCCUAAUUACAGAUAACUGCCCGGCAUGAUUUUGGAAAAUAUCUGCCCUUCAAAUAGAGCCAAUAAAUACUUCUAACUUUUUUUUAUACUAUGUUUGUGAAGAAACAUUGCAAUGAGACCCAGAGCAUCACAGUUAUUUAAAAGUGCUAGUCUGAACUAGGUUCACUAUUCAGGUGUUCACCAUAACCUACUUAUCAAAUAAGUUCGAUGACAGUUGUUACACACUGAAGAAAAUUGUUAUAUUUUCUUGGAAAACUCUUGGGAAAAUUAAAUCCCCUUUCACAAAACAUUCCAGUUUCAGUCUAGAGAGCAAAUUAUAAAGAACAUCCUGUAAAGAACGAACUAAUGGCCAUGGUUGUUUACAAAAACAAACAAACAAACCCCCCAAACCUCUUCCAUUUUCAAAAAAUGUUCCUAGAUCUGAUCUCUUGUGUUUUGGACAAUAGGUAACUCAGACAUGGUAAUGCUGACCUACUGUUCAUGAAGAAAGACUUAAGCACUGACAGUAAAUCUGAUAAAACAGUUAGGCUUCGUUGUUUCAGACUGGUUUAGAAUGUUUCCUUUGUUCUGUGGGUUUUUGGGAAAACAAAUACAUUUUCAGUUAACCUUUCCAAAAUCAGUAAAGG